CACCGGUCGACCUCCUGGGUCGAUCUCCGGGAGAGGCUGAACCUUGAAAGCUGCCACCGAAGCCUCCUGGUGCUGAACCACGAAGCUUAGCACUGCGAUCUCUCUGCCGCACGCCAUGGGAGAGCUGGCCAUCGAUCAGACGGCCAUCCGGGCGGCCUUCAAGGCCUCCUGUGCCGACGCGGGUCUGUUGGGGCCUCGCGAGGGGUUGCAGGCCGGGGAUGUCUGCGAUGGAAUCAAUGAUGAUGCCACGCUCCGGCGAUACCUGGCUGCACGCCAGAUGGACGCGGCAUCUGCCCUGGCACAAUUCCAAGAGGCGACCCAGUUCCAUGCCGAGAAGCACAUUCUGCGUCUCUAUGACUUGAUCUCCGUGGAUGAUUAUGAAGAGACCCGGAAGAUGUACCCGCACUGGACGGGUCGUCGGGACCGGCAAGGCCAGCCCAUCCUCAUGUUUGACCUCGCCCAUUGGAAUUCGUCGACCAUCGCCGCGUGGCAGAAGACGCGCCAGAUCCCCUGCCAGACCGAUGUCAGCUCGGCGGCCCCGGUCAAUCCGGCGAUGAUCCAACGGGCGGCCAUCUAUUUCGAUACCAUCACGCGGUUCGUGCUGCCUCUGUGCUCGGCCAGGACGGACCGGCCUGACCCGGCCACGCCCGUCACCAAGGCCGUCUACAUCGUGGACGCGACGUCGCUGGGAAUCAAGCAGGCCUGGGACGUGCGGGAUGUGGUGCGGGAUAUCAGCGCGCUGUUGACGACCUGCUACCCAGAGACGAUUGACAAGAUUUUUGUGGGCAAUGCGCCCUUCUACUUUCCGAAGAUCUGGGCCUUUUUGAAGAAUUUCAUCGACCCGGUGACGGCCGAGAAACUGGUCAUCACCAAGUCGGGGGAUGUGUAUGAGACGUUGCUGAAGGGGAUGGACCACGAUGUCAUCCCGUCGCAGUUCGGGGGAGGGUUCCAGUUUACGACCGGGAUGCUGCCUGACUUGGACGAGGGCAUCCGUCAGGGUCUGCAGUGGACGGAUUCAUCCAAGGAGGGACUGCCGCCGGGGCCGAUCAAGUGGAGGGAAGAUGGAGAGGGCAGAAGGGCGGUGGCUACGGGGAGUAUCGAUGGGCAGCAAAGGACCGAGGCCGUUGCUGUUCUGCGAGCGCCGGUUUAGUUGCAGCCUGCAUUUGACUUAUCACCUGGCUGCCGUGGUGUGGCUGACGAUUCUAUCAUGUCUGUUUCCCCGUUUGGAAUAUUCGAUGAACCGCGCGGCUAGAUAUAUAGAUCUAUCAUCUAUCAUACACGCAUCGAAC